AGGGGUUUUCUUGGGGAUCUGUGUAGGGGCCAGGCCCUGUGUAGGGGUCUCUGUAGAGGUUAGGAAUCUCUGUGUAGGGGUCAGGCCCUGUGUAGGGGCCUGUGUGGGGCUCAAGGUUCUCCCUUUGAAGGCUAGCAGUCAAGGGUGCCAUGGCAGGGUGGGCAGGAGCUGUGGGGGCCCGGCGGUACCAGGAGGAUGAGGAAACCACCCAUGGCAGCAUCUUUGUCUACACCAACAGCAACAACACGCGGGGCCCAUUUGAGGGCCCCAACUACCACAUUGCGCCACGCUGGGUAUACAACCUCACCUCGUUGUGGAUGCUGCUGGUGGUCGUGGCCUCAGUGGCUACCAAUGGGCUUGUGCUGGUGGCCACGGCCAAGUUCCGCAAACUACGGCACCCACUCAACUGGAUCCUGGUGAACUUGGCUGUGGCUGACCUGGGCGAAACAGUGAUUGCCAGCACCAUCAGCGUCAUCAACCAGCUGGCUGGCUACUUCGUGCUGGGCCACCCGCUCUGUGUUAUUGAGGGCUAUACCGUCUCCGUCUGCGGCAUCACAGGGCUGUGGUCGCUGGCUGUGAUCUCCUGGGAGCGCUGGUUUGUGGUCUGCAAGCCCUUUGGCAACGUCAAGUUCGACGGGCGCCUGGCACUGGGUGGCAUUGUCUUCUCCUGGCUCUGGGCAGCCUUCUGGACUGCACCCCCUCUCUUCGGCUGGAGCAGAUAUUGGCCACACGGGCUAAAGACAUCAUGUGGGCCAGACGUCUUCAGUGGCAACACGGACCCCAAUGUCCAGUCCUACAUGAUGGUGCUUAUGGCCACCUGCUGUAUCCUGCCCCUCAUCAUCAUCAUCUUCUGCUACCUGCAAGUCUGGCUGGCCAUCCGUGCGGUGGCAGCGCAGCAGAAGGAGUCAGAGACAACACAGAAAGCAGAGCGCGAGGUGUCGCGCAUGGUGCUGGUGAUGAUCGUGGCCUUCUGUGUCUGCUGGGGGCCCUAUGCGUCCUUUGCCUGCUUUGCAGCUGCCCACCCUGGCUAUGCCUUCCACCCCCUUGUGGCCUCGCUGCCUGCCUACUUCGCUAAGAGCGCCACCAUCUAUAACCCCAUCAUCUAUGUCUUCAUGAACCGCCAGUUCCGAAACUGCAUCCUGCAGCUGUUCGGGCGCAAGGUGGAUGAUGGAUCCGAGACCUCCACGGCUGCAUCUCGCACUGAUGUCUCCUCCGUCUCCAGCGCCUCUGUUGCCCCUGCCUGAGAUGCUCUCGCCGUGGAUGGAUGAAUGGACAGGCCUCACCUCCCUCAGCCCCCACAAGGACAGGUGGACAAGACCCCAUGGACAAACAGUGCUCCUCUCCCCCCCUCCCCCCCUGGACAGACAGAUGGACAAGACCUUCCCUCAGCCCUCUGGGGACAGACGGACAAGAUCCCCCAAGGACAGAUAGACAGAACCCUCCCUCAGUUCCCCCCAAGGAUGGACAGAUGGAGGAGACCCCCAUGGACAGAUUGGCAAACCUCUCUCCCACCACUGUAGAUGGAAAGUAAACCCCCCGCUCCCACUAUACACAGACAGACAGACAAGUGCUCCCCCACCUCCCAAGAACAGAUGGAUGGCCCCCCACUGAUCUCUCCCCUACUGACAGACAGACAGGACUCCCCUCCCCCCAUGACAGAACAACACACAGAUAACCCUGCAACCCCCUCUCUCCCUCCCCCUCCUCUGCUACAGGCAGGGGCAGUGUCUGGACCACAAGCCAUGCCCUCCUUGGAGGCCCCAACCCCCAGGAGCACUAGGCUUUGUCUCCCAUCCCCUCAGCCAGGACACCUGGGUUCCUUCCCCAACUCUAGGAGGGGAGGGGGGCUAGGGGGUGAAAGCAGCAGGGGCUGGGAACCUGGAUGCCUGGAUUCUCUGGAGGGAGGUGGGGAGUGUGUAGUCUAGAAGGGAGAGCUCGGGUGUCUGGGUGCCCCAGGAGGGGAGUGGGAGUCUGGGAGCCUGGAUACCUGGGUCCCCUCCUGGCACUCUACAUCCCAGAGGUGAUCACAUUGUGGGCAGACCCCCCACCUCCCACAGAAGUCCUGCCCCAUUGUCCUUCCCCUGCACGCUGUACAUAGCAUUCGAUAAUGACUUUGUGACCCCUGCUCUGUAGCCAAUAAAGCUCUGAUGCUUCUAUCCUG